CGCGCUCGCCCUGACGGUCCCCCCCUCCAUGAGUAAACCCACCCUGAACGUCCCGCCUCCAGGCGGCCAAAGUCCCGACCCGUCUUCAUUUCGCAGCAGACACGCGCAGACAGCGGAGCCUCUCACCGUUUCGAGCCGCGCGCCCCCCAACCCGCUCCGCCGCAGGACUAUCGGUUCCCCCCACUCCUCCGCCGCCCCCCAUCUCUACUUGACUUUCUUUGCCCCGGUGGUGUGUGCUUGUUUCCCGACACUAGUCAGGAUGAGUGUGGCGGUGUCGGAGGGAUGUUUUCUGUCCGCUCUGCAGCCCAAAACCUCCUGUACCGCGUAUGUGGUUCCGUCGGACCCGUCUCCGGACCCGAUGGCCAAAGCCAGGAGGGUCCGGGAGCAGGUCCGCAUGCGGCUGGCGGAGAAGAGGUCCUCCUCCAUGCCCAGACUGGACGACGCGCCGAUCGGAUCGACAGACUACAACCUUCCUGAGGCCAAGAGCAUUUCCCACACCCUUGGUUUCAGUUCCAGAUCCAUGAUACACACACCCAGCCGCGUCAUGGCGAUGCCCACAGUACCCCUUCGCUCAUCUGGUUUCUCCUCUCGCUCUGCUGUGGAAACCAGUUCCAAGGCGGGCCAUAAAGCAACCAGCGUGGUCCAGAGCAGCUUCCUGUCCUCCCAGCAGUCCCACAGCAGAAACAGACGCUCCAAGUCAGUGUGCCAAGCAGACCAGGAGGCACUUCCCAUCACUGUGUUGCCUCAUCCGGAAUACUUGAUCACCGUGCCUCCCCUCGGCACCCUUCGGCGUAGCCUCAGCGGGACACUGGCCCAAGACAGAGGCUACUGGCAGGAGGAGGAGCUGCCAUGUCAGUACACCUACAAGGGCCCCUCCCACCGCACCAUCAGCCGCAUCACCAACCGACAGCAGCACUACCACCAACAGCAGCAGCAGCAGCAGCAGCACCAUCAGCAGAGCUCUUCCUUCGGUCAGGAGGGCUGGGGGGGGACCGGCAGGGUUGUCCCCAUGGCGGGGGACGGCUGGGGAACACAGUGGCAGCAGCACGUGUCCAGGGCCAGCCACGGCAUGGGGACAGCGCAGUGCCAGGCCUCCCUCCACCGGGCCGCCUCGCUCCGCAGCUUGAGGAGCGUUGGGAAAGGCGUGGAUAUCUUGGAUGGAGCAUCGAUACACAGCAAUGACCCACUGGAAGAUAUGCAGAGUCUGGACAUGGCUACAGCUGUCAGAUAUCUGUCUGAGUCAGAUGCUGCCUUGCAAGUUAUGGGAGCUGCAUACAUACAACACCAGUGUUACCAUAGCAACGAAGCCAAACACCAGGUCCGUCUUCUGCAUGGCGUUCCAGGUCUCGUUCAGCUUUUCUCCAGUGACAACCAAGAAGUGCAGCGUUUUGCCACCGGCGCCACGCGGAACCUCAUCUACGAGAACGCCGACAAUAAGGCGGCACUCAUAGAUGCCGGCGGACUGAUGUGCCUCGUCAGCAUCCUCGGCAAACCGGACGAGGAGCUCCGGAAGACCAUCACAGGUGUCCUGUGGAAUCUGUCCUCCAGAGACAACCUGAAGGAGAAGCUGUCCAAAGCAGCUUUGUCAGAGCUGACGGAGAAAGUACUGAUUCCUCUGUGCAGCAGCGUCCCACUGAGUCCAUCAGAGAGAGACAUCUUCUACAACACCAGCGGCUGCCUCAGGAACUUGAGCUCAGUGAACGAGAGCACGAGGCAGAAGAUGAGAGACAUGCGAGGCCUGGUGGACUCCCUGGUGUCCUACAUUCAACAAGAGGACAGGGCAGACGACAAGGGUUUGGAUAAUUCAUUGUGCGUGAUGAGGAAUCUGUCCUACCAGCUUUACACGGAGCUUCCUCCCUCGGUCCGACUCCGUCUGGAGGGGCCGACGAGAGCCUCUGCCUCCGGGAAGGGCGAGGCCAUCGGCUGCUUUACUCUGUAUAACAAAAAAGACGCAGAGCGUAACCAGAAUCUGUCCAUACUGUCUGAGGUGUCCCGACAGCCUCGGGGGGCUGAAUGGCUGUGGCACCCUAGUGUGGUGGCGCUGUACAAGCUUGUUCUGCAGAACAGUGACAGCAGCGCCAACAGCCGUGAGGCGGCCAUCGGAGCCCUGCAGAAUAUCACUGCAGGAGAGGCCAGGUGGGCAUCAGUGCUGAGUGGAGUGAUGGUGGAGCAGGAGAAGAUGCUGCCCAUUCUGCUUGAUCUGUUAGACACCAACAGUGAUAUCGAGCUGAGGCCCCUGACCGGCCUGCUGAGAAAUCUGGCCAGACACUCUGCCAGUAAAGACUACAUGGCUAAGAUCAUGGUGAACGUCCUGGUUUCCAAACUGCCCAGUGAUGGCCUUCAGAAAACGUCAUCCUGCGAGGUGGUGGUCAACAUCUGUGGAGCCCUCAAUCACCUGGUCACCUGCAGUUCCUUGGCAGCCCGCGACGUCUCAUACUUCAACGGCCUGCCGAAACUGAUCGGCAUCAAGACAAUCCACGAUAACAGCUCUGGAAGUCUAAAAGCUGCCAGAGCAGCCUCGACUGUCCUGUGCAACAUGUUCCAGUACAACAAACUGCACAAAGACUACAAACUGAAAGGAUUUUCCAGACGAGACUUCACAGAUGUCACCGUCUAGGCCGCAGCACAUUACCUGAUUCAUUCAGAGCUUUUGGCCUCAGCUUUCAGGUUGCCAUGAGGAAAAGAUGGGGAACAACGGGGUCGGACGAGGUUGGGUUUAAUGAGGAGAGCAGAUUUAACUGUGAUGGACCUGCUGGGAAGAGAGAAAAAAAAAUGGACCAGAGCCAAUGGAAUGAUGGACUUAAAAGUUUGAUCCUCUUUCAGGUUGCUGUGUGUUUAUCUUGGCGUAGCUUGCAGCAGAUAGCCUGUGUAUGUGUGGAGACUUCAUGAUGUCCACACAUACAGUGGACUUCGCCCCCAAAACUACUACUCUUUGUGUGUAUUAGGGUUUAACUGAUAUGUUUUUUUUGACACUGACACUGAUUCCAAUUACUUUCAUUUAUGUAUAUCAGCGUUCAGCAACAUUAAUUCAGAGAGAGAGAGAGACCGACAGACAAUAGUGCCUCGUAAUAUUUAGGACACGGUUAGAGAAUGCUGGCAGAUACUAGUAUCUUUCUAGGUACUAGCUCAAGGGAUAGCAAAAUAAGUAUCCAUCUCCCUCAGCUGUACUUUAGCGCUAAUUAGCAAAUGUUCGCAUACUGACCAGCUAAACUGAGACUAAGAACAUUGUAAAACUUUUUUUUAUGCUUAAUAUCAGCACAUUAGCAUUGUCACUGUGAGCGUUUCUGCAUAAUGAUGUUAGCACUUAGCUCUUAGCACUCAACUUAGCGUUGCUUUUCGGGAGUCUUUUUUUCAGAUGUUAAAGUUGUGGCGUUACCAUUUUCAUUCAAAAUAAAAACAGGAAACAGCUCCCGGUUUCAUUUAAAUGGUGCUAAAUUAAAACAUUUAAGCAUAUCUAUUGCCUCCACACAGCCCUCAACAUGGCAAAGGCAAACUAGCGGCUCACAGCUGACCGGGCUAACAGCGACAGUGCUGACAGAGCGAACAGUGUUUAUCUGGGGGAACCGGAGGUAUUUUGAAUUUGAUGCUUCCUUAAACUUGUGUCGUUUGCGAGACGGCGUUAUCGGUUUUACCUCACAAGCUAGCUAGCUAUGCUAACAUGCAAGCACGGCCAGACCCUCUGUGUCAACAAAGCCCAAAGAAGCUCAGAUAACAACACAGACACAGAGGGAGAGUGACCAGCUAGACAUUACUCCACUAUCAUUUUUACAUAGCAAAUCAUUGUUUGCUGCUACAUUCAUGCUCUGAAUAUUGUAAGGAGAACCUUUAAGUGUAGAUAUCAACUAUUCACAUCUUGUUCAUUGGAUGUUUUGCAUUUUUUUAAUUUGCCUAUUUUUGGUUGUUUUACGUCUAUCUUUCCUGGGAAUGGUCUUAUGCACAGGAACUUAUGCAUUUGAUUAUCAUUUGAUAAAAGAAGCACUGGAGAGACAGCACGAGGGGCCACCGUGGCAUUGCGAGGAGCGUCAACUACACCUCAGCAGACAUACAAAUUAUUGGCCAAACAACUGCUUGUUCAGCUUUUGACCACAGAAGAGCAGUGCAGAAAUACCACCAAAGCACUAAGCGUGGAGUCAAAACACAAAUUAACCAAAACAAAGCAUUUAGCCUGUCUCCACAGGAUAGUAUCUUGAGGCUCCCAAUGAGUAAAAUAUGACCUAGAAAAAUAUACUGUUUGCAGUGGACUAGGAUCAAAGAAAAUAGUGUGUUAUUUCAGAAUUAAAUCAGAAACUCCUCCUCUUUCACAUAUAAUCCAGUCGAACAAUGUUAGAUUAAAAGGAGAAGCCUCAGAAUUACAGUAUGUCUGCUGAGAGGACAGUAGGAGCCAACAAGGGGAUUUCUGUAGAAGGACGUGUGUGGGAGAGCACGGUAACCUUCAGACCUGCUAGGAAACUGCAGGCCAGCAGCAGAACUUAUCUAGCAGAUGGAGGAAGGGAGGGGCCCAACUGGGAAAUGAAAGGCCUAGAUGUGUCGUGGGAAAAACUGGAGAGGGGGCUUCAACCCCUCAGGUUCUGCCGAGUGAAGCAUUCCCUCUAGUGACCAGCAGGGGGCGACUCCUACAGUUGCAAAAAGAAGUCAGCUUGUAUAGAAGUCUAAGAGAAAAUGACUGUACUUCUCUCUUGAUUUAUUAUCUCUGUAUGGUUCAUUUAGAGUCAAAUAGACGAUAAAGGAGGGUAUGGUUUAGGACGGGCUUACUGUGAUUGACAGGUUGCUGCCACUACCAGAGCCGUAUAUGCCGUCUCAACGUCACUCCUACACAUUCCAAAUACGGUAACUUCCAUUCAUUGGUGAUGAAAAAAAACAUGGCGUUCGGCCGUAUUCCAAGAUGGCGACGGCAAACUCGAGGCUUCAUGACAGCGGUCUACAAACCAAUGGGGCACAACUUUGUUUUUUACAUUUUAUUUAUAAAACUAAUAAAUACAACAGUAAAUGUUUUCUGUGACUAUCUAUCAAAUGUAUCUGCGUUAAAAGGAGUCGUUGUCGUCGUUAGCCGAAGCCUCCCGAGGGGAAGGUGUAUCCCAUGAUGCACUGGCUCGAGUGUCAUCGAAACAGGCCGUGGGGGUGUGUGCUGAUGACAGUUGCCACUCAAUGGAAUCGCAUGACAACCUCGACUAUCCUGAUUGUAGAAAAUAAUGCGUAGAUUAUCCUUUGUGCUCUUGGACAGUAUUGUAUGGCACGCUGCAAUUUUUUUGUGUGAGUUAUAACAAUAAACAAUCAGUCAUACCGUUUCUAUUGAAAAAGUAAGUACAAAGCAGAUACAUAUGAAGGAACUAUAAUGUAAAAUAGUUUUGGGCUUCUUGAGAAGUGGCCAGGAAGUAACAUCAGAAGAGGAGCCCUAUACCCCUGAAUAAAUAAUUGUGCCUUGUAUGAAUGAAGGAGCUGCGUACAUUUUUAGACAAAAAAACAACAACCCCAAUAGGGUCCUGACUGAAAGAUAUGUAAAUAUUUUUUGAUCUGUAUUUCGCAACAGUGCUUAUCCCUCCCACAUGAACAAAUUUCAAAAGUCAAAAGGUCCUGAUCAAUAUUGUGUUAUGUGUGAUUUGAAUAAAUAUCUUAGAUUCAG